GGUUACAAACUCUCGGCCCUCGGGGGCGGGGCCGUGGGAGGCAGCCCAGGGCGGGGUUCCGGCAGCGCGCCCACCCGCCGCGCCUGCGCGGCAACGCCCCGGCCCGGCGCGGGAGCCCGGAGCCUGGAGCCCGGAAUCCGGAAACCUGCUGGGCUGGAGCGCCGGGAGCCGAGCGCGCCGCUGCGGGGGACGUCGGGAGCCGGGAGCUACCAGAGUGGCAGGAUGACUGUGGGGAUCUUUGCAAAUUGCACCUUCUGUUUGAAAGUCAAGCACUUACCUCGUCAACAGAAGAAAAAGCUACAAAAUGACAUUAAGGAGAAUGGUGGAAAACUUUCCUUUUUAUUAAAUCCUCAGUGCACGCAUGUAAUCUUAGAUAACGCCGAUGUUCUGAGCCAGCAUCAACUGAACUCUAUCCAAAAGAACCAUGUCCAUGUAAUGAGCCCAGAUUUUAUAUGGGAAUCUAUCAAAGAAAGGAGGCUCUUGGACGUAAUGAAUUAUGAUCCUAGUAAGUCACUGGCCGUCACACCACCUCCUUGUCAAAAGGCAAGCAGUUCUGAAGUGACAACAGAUGACCAGUCCCUGGACAGCUCCACAGAGAAGGAAAACGUUGUGGAGCUCACAGAGUCUUAUACAGAGAAUGUUGAAAUUCCUCCUUUUCCACAAGACUUUGAAGUUGCAAAAUACAACACCUUGGAAAAAGCCGCGGCUGAUGGCAGGGAGGUGGCGGUGAUGGAGCUACGGUGCUCACGGGGGCCUGGCGCCAACGCCUUUCUGAUCUCUGCGCGCUUCCGCUUCUGCUCGGCCUCCGGUGUCAAGACUAGAAGACACUUCUGUGUAAAGAAAACCUCUGCCGACGCAAGUGAGUACUACCAAAAUUACAUUGAAGAUCUGAAGAAACAAGGAUUUCUGCUGAGAGAAUAUUUUACACCCGAAGCAACCCAAUUGGCAUCUGAAAACCUGCAGGCAUUGCUUUUGGAGGAGGUGAUCGGUUCUAGUGCUCUGAGCAGAGAGGUGAGCGAUUUGGUGGAGAUGGUGUGGGCAGAAGCUCUCGGCCACCUGGAGCACACGCUGCUCAAGCCCGUGGACAGGAUUAGUCUCAAUGACGUGAGCAAGGCGGAGGGUGUUCUCCUUCUGGUAAAGACAGCGCUGAAAAAUGGAGAAACAGAUGAACAAUUGCGAAAUAUGAUGACCGAGUUCUACAGAUUAAUACCUCACAAAGGUGGAGCAGCUGAAGAAGUGAGCCUGAGGCUCUUAGCUAAGAAGGAGGACCUCUGCCAGCUGAUAAGAGACAUGGUUAAUGUCUGUGAAACUAACUUAUCCAAACCCAACCUGCCGUCUCUUGCCAAAUACCGAGCUUUGAGAUGCAAAAUCGAGCAUGUUGAACAGAACACUGAAGAAUUUUUCAGAGUUAGAAAAGAGGUUUUACAGAAUAAUCACAGUGAAGGUCCAGUGGACAUCCUGCAGAUAUUUAGGGUUGGCAGAGUGAAUGAAGUCACAGAGUUUUUGAGCCAGCUUGGCAAUGUGAAGCCCUUGCUGCAUGGAUCUCCCGUACAAAGCUUUGUAGGAAUCCUGUCCCGUGGGUUGCUUUUACCCAAAGUAGUUGAAGAUCGUGGCACAAAGAGAACAGACAUCGGAAAUCUUGGGAGUGGGAUAUAUUUCAGUGACUCACUCAGUACUGGUGUUAAGUACUCCCACCCGGGCGAGACGGAUGGCACCAGGCUCCUGGCUGUCUGUGACGUAGCCCUCGGAAAAUGCGCGGACUUGCGCAGAAGAGACUUCUCCUUGUCUGAAGCACCUCCAGGUUAUGACAGCGUCCAUGGGGUUCGAGCGACAGCCACUGUCACCACGGACUUCGAGGAUGAUGAGUUUGUUGUAUAUAAAACCAAUCAGAUUAAAUUGAAAUACAUUAUUAAAUUUUGCAUCCCUGGAGAUGAAAUAAAAGACUUUCAUCCUUGUAAUACUGCUGAAUUAGAAGAAUACAGACCUGAGUUUUCAAAAUUUUCAAAGGUUGAAGAUUACCAGUUACAAGAUGCCAAACCUUUCGGCAGCAUCAAGUCUGGCCUUCAGGAUUUCUCUGGCAAUUCAGUUCCUCUUGAGGAUGUUCACAUCAAAGGAAAAAUAAUAGACUUUGUAGCCCAGGUUUUUUUUCUUCUUCAGGUCAUUGUUUUUCAGACAUACACAAAUCAAAGUCAUGUGCCCAUUGAGGCAAAAUAUAUUUUUCCUUUGGAUGAUAAGGCAGCCGUCUGUGGUUUUGAAGCAUUCAUCAAUGGGAAGCACAUAGUAGGAGAGGUUAAAGAGAAGGAAGCAGCCUGCCGUGAAUACCGAGAAGCCAUCAGUCAAGGCCAUGGUGCUUACUUGAUGGACCAAGAUGCACCGGAUGUUUUUACUGUUAGUGUUGGAAAUCUGCCCCCUAACGCUAAGGUCCUGAUCAAAAUCACCUACAUCACUGAACUCAGCAUCCACGGCACCAGGGCUGUCUUCUUCAUGCCGGCCACCGUGGCACCCUGGCAACAGGACAGAGCUUUGAAUGAAAACAGUCAGGAUACAGUAGAGAAGAUUUGUGUAAGGGAAAUAGGAACAAAGCAAAGCUUCUCUUUGAGUAUGUCCAUUGAGAUGCCAUAUGUGAUUAAAUUCAUUUCCAGUGAUACACAUGAACUGAAACAGAAGAGUACAGACUGCAAGGCUGUAAUUAGCACAAUGGACAGUAGCUCCUUAGACAGCAGUGGAUUCUCUCUUCAUAUCGGUUUGUCUGAUGCGUAUCUCCCAAGAAUGUGGGUCGAAAAACAUCCAGAAAAAGAAAGUGAGGCCUGCAUGCUUGUUUUUCAACCAGAUCUCAAUAUCACACUCCCUCACCUAGCUGAGAACAAUGAAGUGAUUAUUUGUCUCGACUGCUCCACUUCCAUGGAGGGUGCGACAUUCUUGCAAGCCAAGCAGGUUGCCUUAUAUGCACUGUCCUUGGUGGGGAAGAAGCAAAAGAUCAAUAUUGUUAAGUUUGGCACAGGUUACAAGGAAUUAUUUUCAUAUCCUAAGUACAUCACAAACAACAAUGUGCCAACAGAUUUCAUUAUGUCUGCUACACCUACCAUGGGAAAUACAGACUUCUGGAAAACACUCCGAUAUUUAAGUUUACUGUACCCUUCUCAAGGAUUACGGAACAUUCUCCUCAUAUCUGAUGGGCACCUCCAGAAUGAAAGUCUGACACUGCAUCUGGUGAAGAGAAAUGUCCAACACACCAGGCUGUUCUCCUGUGGUGUUGGUUCUACAGCAAAUCAUCAUAUCUUAAGGACUCUGUCCCAGUACGGUGCUGGAGUAUUUGAGUAUUUUAACUCAAAAUCCAAACGUAGUUGGAAAAAACAGAUAGAAGACCAAAUGACCAGGUUACAUUCUCCAAGUUGCCACUCAGUCUCCAUCAAAUGGCAGCAGCUGAGUGCAGAUGCACCUGAGCCCCUGCAGGCCCCAGCCCAGGUGCAGACCUUGUUCCGCAAUGACCGACUUCUCGUCUAUGGAUUUGUUCCACAUUGUACGCAGGCAACUCUGUGUGCAUUAAUUCAAGAGAAGGAAUUUUCUACAAUGGUAUCAACUACUGAGCUUCAGAAGACAACUGGAACUAUGAUCCACAAGCUGACAGCGCGAGCUCUGAUCCGAGAUUAUGAAGAUGGCAUUCUCCAUGAAAAUGAAACGAAUCAUGAGAUGAAGAAGCAAAUCCUAAAAUCUCUGAUUAUUAAACUCAGUAAAGAAAACUCUCUCAUAACACAAUUUACAAGCUUUGUGGCAGUUGAGAAAAGGGAUAGUAAGGAGUCACCUUCUCCUAAUAUUCCAAAUAUUUUGGAACUUAUUGCCAAAGAAGAUGUCGAUUUUCUGCCGUACAUGAGCUGGCAGGAGGAGCAACCAGAUCCUUGUGUGGCAAAGCCUCUCUCAGCAUUUUCUAGAUGGAAUGAAGAACUGCAACAUCAACAUUUGACUGACAGAAAAUUUGGAUCACCUAAGCUGGAAGGUUUUGAAGAUUUAGAAGAGGAUUGCUUCAGUUUCCCACUAUCAGAAAAAUCUUUAUCAUUCAAUUUUGAAUGUGAAGAUGUGGAAAAGCCAUUGGAUUUAAGGCAGAUGGAUUCAUUUAAACAAACAGGAACUGAAACAUUAUCUAGAAAUGCCCCUUCCCUAAAACAGGGUGCUGGCAGUAUUUCUGCUCCCUACAGGUUAGCCUGUUUGAAAGCUGAGCCCUUGAUUGGUUCUCGUUUCCACUGUCCUCUCCGCUUACAUCGUCUUACAUCUGCUUCUCUUUUUGGUUCGAGACAAUCUGGUCCAUCUGAGAAUGACUUGGAAGGUGAGCCCUUAGCUGGUCCUGGUUUCUGCUCUCCUCCCCACUUACCUCCUCCCCAGGUUUGUACUCCUCCUGCUAGUUCUGAACAGUCUGGUCCAUCAGAAAAUGACCAAGACCGUCAAACUGACAGUUGCAGUGACUCUUCCCUUAAGCCAUCUACCCCUUUCAGACCGUCUCACCUACUUUUUAGACCCUUUGCUUAUUCUAAUUUAGGUGCCUCGUUUAACUUUGGGCAGGUUCAUCUACCUGAAAGGCACCAAGACCGUAAGACUGACAGUCCUGCUAGCAGUUCUCUCGAGUUGGACUCUCCCCCACAGCCGAAUAUUUUUUUCUCUCCUCCUACAGUUCCUUCCUCUGGUGUAUCCAGGCAGUUUGACUUCCAUUACAUUUCUGGUUCUCCUUUUUAUUUUCAAAAUUCCCCAGUUUAUUCUAGACCCAGUUACAAGCCACCGACAGAUCUGUUGUUUGCUAGCACAAAAUUGAAGGCUUCUUCAGCAAAUGUUUGUGGCAUGAUUUCAUCGUCUACUUCAAGUAAUAUGCAUUUUUCUGAAGCAAAAAAUGUUGAAACACCAAGUUUUCUGAAAUGUCACUUGGCAAAAUCUGAUAUAACAGGAAGUGGCUUUACUGCAAGCUUUCAGGCACAAAAAGAUGAACAAAACUGGAUGAGUUCUGUACCUUGGACCAAACUCUUCAGUCUACAAACUGAGGAGGGCUUCUGGAAACUUACACCAGAACUGGGGUUUAUUUUAAACCUUAAUACAAACAUUUUAAACAGCUUUCUUGAACAAAAAGGCAUUCGAUCUCUAGGGAUAAAAGGAAGAGAGCGUCUCCUGGACCUGAUCGCCACAUUUCUGGUCUUACAGUUUCUUCGUACCAAGUUGGAACAAAAGGGAAUAGUCUUCAAAUCACUGAUGAAAUUGGAUGAUGUGUCCAUUUCCAGAAAUAUUCCCUGGGCUUUUGAAGAAAUAAAGAAAGCAAGUGAGUGGGUAAGAAGAACCGAAGGACAAUAUCCAUCCAUCUGCCAACGGCUUGAAUUGGGUCAAGAUUGGGACUCUUCUACUAAACAGCUACUGGGGAUCCAAACCAUGGACACUGCUUCUCCUCUUCACAGAGUUCUUAAUUACAGUCAAGGCUGAAUCAACUGAAGUUGUAUUUUAAACAUUAUUCAUGCUUCUAUGUGUAAAAUAAUCAGAUAUCAGUAGAUACCUAUAUUAAGAUUGUAUUCAAUGUAGCACUCACUUUAAGCAGAAACAGAAUUGAUUAUUUUAAUGGACUAACAAGUGAUAACAAAUUAAACAUUACAAUUUUACAGAUUUUUUGUGUUUAUAUGUUUAAAGUGAUAAGAGACAUAACUGGCUGGUCCUGGAGCCUCAUUUCCUUUUCCCCUUUAAGGGGUCCAGGAGAGAGCCAGCCCAGCCAGGCUGAAUUAGCUGGGGAGAAACAGGUCUUUGGCUGAUGUCAGUGUUGCUGACAUGCCAGCCUGUUUGCAGGGCCCUGACUUUCUGGACCUUUGCCCUUGGUGUACAUACUCCUGUAUCCUAGUCUGUAGAUCUCUUGAUACAUUUUUUGUCACUCAGAGAAACUAGGUGUCUCAUGCAAUUCUUUCAUGGAUCCCACCUUUGGUGUUGCAUAUAAAACCCUACAGUCAUCUAGACUUCUUCCUAUGUUACCUGGUAGAAGUUUUAUAAACUUUGCAUUUUAUGGUAUGGUCUAAGAUCCAUUCUGAGUUAUUUUUUAUGAAGGCUGUGAGGUCUUUCCAUCUUCCUCUACACUACCACUUCCAGGCCAUUACCUCUCUACCUUUAUGUAAAAACUCUGGUUUCCUUGAGGUUCAGUCUUUUGGCUGUUCUCCACCCUGCCCUCGUUGCUGCCAGUCACCAGAUGUUCAGUACCUUGACACACCUACAUAUGGUUCAGGAUCUCCCUUUCCCCUGCCAGUCCCACCUUCAUCUUGAGUGAUUUCCAAAUCCUGAUUUUAUGACCACUCCUAAUUCCCUGGACUUGAACCACAGUUAUAACUGAAUCUUGGCAGAACUCCUUGACACCCAAAAGGUAGGAAGGAAGCUUGUGAGGUACUAUCAUGAGACCUUCUCCUACCUGCCUCCCUAUCUCUCUGGGAGGCAGACAUGAGACCAUUUUUUAUCACCUCCCAGUUCCAUAUGGCUCAGUAUACAGCUACAGACUAAAAUUCCUCAUAGCCACAUCUAGAAUUGGCUCCUCAGGGUUGAUGUGUCCCACAACACACACUGUAGUUAUCUAGCUCUUUUUGGGGUGGGACAAGAACCAAGGGGAGCUGGCAGUUUUUACUAUCUUUCUCUUGCUGUUUAUUAAAGUAUUAAACCAUCUAAAUCUAAAGCAGCUUGUUAUAUCUUUACUGGUUAAGUCAGUCAGAUCUUGCCCUUGGCCUUGUCUGCUUGACAUAAUCAUAGAAAAUAAACUCUUUUGUUUUAUCAGAUUGAGGAAUAAAAGAAUGAUAAUACCUAGUAGCAGAGUGUAUGAAGGUAAAGACUUAUGUUGUUAAUGAAAACAUAUACUAGAAAGACAAAAUUUUGCAACAUUAAUCCAAAUUUAUUUUUUCUCUUUCAACAUAUUCCUUUUUAUUUUACUGAAACAAAUGGGACAAUGAUUACUUGGUAUUGUUUCCUAAUGAUAAACAUAUACUGAAGGAAUUACUACUUAGGUAAACUUGAAUAAUCUACUUAAACUUUUUAAUAUAAUCUAUUGUCAAGUUGGCUAACAAUGUAUAUAGCAUGCUCUUGGUUUUGGGGGUAGAUUCCUGUGAUUCAUCACUUACAUAUGACACCCAGUGCUCAUAAUAUUAAUCCAAAUUUAAAUUAGUACCCUCCUUGACCUAUAAAUUCUACCAAUAGGAAUUCUACAUCUAGAUAUUCAUCUUGCAUAUGGACACACACAUGCAUAUGUUAUAUAUGAAUAUACAUAUUAUAGAUGCAGAAUAAUGUGGAAGAGAACACAUUUAAAAUUAUAUAAAUGGGUAUUUAUGCAUGUAUGAGAUAAAAUUCUGUCAUGUCAUAAUCUAAACUGGUUACAUUUGAGGAAUAGAAACUUCAUUUCUGUGUUACAUAUUUUUGAAUUAAUUAAAAAUGUUUUACAGUGAAGAUAUAUAUUUCAAAAGUAUAUAAAAGCAGAAAAAUAGAAUAAUCCACAUAAAUCUCACCAUUUAUAAUAUUUUGCCAAAUUUUUAUAUAUUUAGAACAGUCUUCUGUUCCCUCUUCUUUUGCUAGUGACUUGCCGAAGAAGGAAGGUCGUCCUAAAGGAUGCCACAUUCUGGAUUUGUUCGAUUGUUUCCAUUUUUCUUUCCCCAUAUUUCUUGUAAACUGGAAAUUUGAUCUAAGGUCCUGCAUAGAUGAAGGAUCAAUCUUUUUGUCAACAGGAUAUGGUUUGGUUCUUCUCCUUUUAAUAAUGCUAAUAUUGAUCAGUGCGUUUUCCAAUGUGAAGCUGUGUUUCCCCUACAACCAACAAAUAAAUUGUGAAGAGAGAUUUUGGCAGCCAGUUUCUCAUCAGUCGUUCACGUAAUGGUUUGUUGCCUGAAUCAUUUUCAUGAAAUAUUGUGA